ACUGAAAACGUUUUAUUUCAAACAGCAGACCGUGAUACUUGAGUGUUGAUUCGAUAAAAAAAAGGAUAAUGAUAUAAAAAAAAAAUGAUGUGUAAUAUUUAUACUAUUGCAUUCGCAACAUUUUUUAUUAUGUCUAUUAAUUUCUUUCACACUGAGGGUCUAUUGAAAAUCGAACAAGUUGAAAAUAUGAUGAAACCAAUGGGUAAAAGCUGUGCAGCCAAAACAGGACUUACCCCAGAGCUGCAAGAGGCUCAUAAAAACAGAGAUUUUGUUGACGAUGAAAAACUCAAGUGUUAUAUAUAUUGUAUCUGUAAAAUGACGAAAAUGUUGGAUAAAGAUAAUAAUGUCAACCUAGACAGUGUACGAAAACAGCUACGAGCAGUACUGCCAGAAGAUUUGGCAGAGAAGAGUAUAAAAGCUCACGAAGAGUGUACUGCUAAAGUGACGACUAAAGAAUCUUGUGAACUGGCUUAUCAAUAUGCAAUAUGUUUUCAUGGAAUAGUUCCAGACUUGUACUUCUUCCCAUAAUAAUACGAUUAUAGCGAACUUACACGAACAUUCAUAACAGUUUUAUAUAAUAGAUUUAUGAAUUGUAGUGAGGUAUAUUAUCUUUUCUUUAAUGUGAAGUGCAAUUAAAUAGCGGAAUUAAAAUUACGAUGACAGAAUUAACAAAAA